GGGCUCGCUGGUUAAGGCCGGCCAGCCAGCCAGCCAGCAUUAGCCGCGUGGCGGUCACGUGACUGCCCCGCUCCGCCAAGUCCGUCCACUCGCCUCCCUCCGGCGUCUUCCUUCAGUUCGUUCUUCCGCCCUCCGCGCGUUCGCGAUGUCAAAGGUUUGUGCCAUUUUUGGAGGUUCUCGUGGAAUUGGUCGGGCUGUUGCACAACUACUAGCACAGAAAGGAUAUUGCCUGGCUGUUAUAGCAAGAAAUCUGGACAUGGCUCAAGCUACCGCAGAUGGCUUGGGAGGUCAUCUUGCACUGAGUUGUGAUAUCACCAAAGAAGAAGCCAUCCAAAAUACAUUUAAAGAAAUAGAGAAUAAUUUAGGUCAUAUACGCUAUCUGGUUAAUGCUGCAGGUAUCAACAGGGAUGGACUACUGUUGCGAACCAAGUCUGAUGAUAUGAUAUCCCAGCUUCAGACCAAUCUUUUGGGAACCAUGUUGACUUGUAAAGCUGCUGUAAAGAGUAUGAUUCAACAGCAGGGUGGUGCUAUUGUUAACGUAGGAAGUAUUGUUGGAUUAAAAGGCAAUGCUGGUCAGAGUGUAUAUAGUGCCAGCAAAGCAGGCUUAGUUGGAUUUUCACGCUCUUUUGCUAAAGAAGUAGCGCGAAAGAACAUUCGAGUCAACAUGGUUGCUCCAGGCUUCAUUCAUACAAAUAUGACAGCACAUCUGAAAGAAGAAGAGUUGAAAAAAACAAUUCCUCUUGGAAGAUUUGGGCAGCCUCAGGAAGUUGCCCAAAGUAUUGCAUUCCUUUUAGAGACUCCUUAUGUAACAGGCCUCGUUCUGGUUGUAGAUGGAGGUUUGCAGCUUCUGAUUUAAACAUCAUGAAUUCUGCAUGAAAAGUUAUUCAGCAACCCUAAAAAUCCCCAAAGAGAUCUGAAUAAUACCCCUCUUACUAUGUUUUAAUUCAGAUUAAAAGAAAGAAAAGAUUACAAAGUUCCAUUUUUGGUUGAAAAUAUAAGACAGAGAGGAUUAAAAUAAAUAUAUUCUAAAAAACUAUUAAUGGAGUACUAUAUUUUUCCUGCAAGGUUGACUAAUGGAACAUUGGAUACUCUGAAAGUAAUCUCUAAGUGCAGUGGAACCUUUUGCUCAGAUGGCCGAGAGAUGCUUCUGUCUGUGCGGAGGGCAACUGUCAGAGUCAGUUGAAGAUCUGCAGGAUUCUAGGCUCCCCUGUUAUCUUGGCAUGUUCUGAAAUAGUGCUGGGGCUGCAUAGUAUAUUAUCUCAGCCUGGAAGCUGGUAUAAUUAAUCCCUUCCCAGUUUGACAGAAAAUAAAAUGCAAAGAAAUAAAAAGGUGAGAACACUACUCCUUCCUCCUUCCCUACUUAGUAUAAACCAAUAGGAAAUAGAUGCUCUGGCCCCUUCCCCCAUACCUGUUCUGUCUCAAUUUUUUUUUUAAUCAUUGGUAUCUUAAAAACUAAUUCACUUAUUGUGGUAUAUGUUUUCAUGAACCUGAGCUUGUCAUCAAAUAAAGUAGGCUGUAAUUUAGAAAAAACUGCUACCAUACAUCACUUUACUUAUAUGAUGCCACAAAGCUCUAUCCUGUUAACUAUUAAGAGGAGCUAACAUCUCCUCUGAAAAUGGGCUUAUUUAUCAUUCAUUUUAAAGUAGGGAUUUUUUUUCAUAGUUUAUGUAUAAUUCUUCCACUUAGAGGGGCAAAAUGAAUUGAUGAAACUUAGGAAUGUUGACAAGUCAAUAAUACCACUGUGCAGGAAAUAAUGCAUACUGCACAAAUGUAAUGCGGAUCUUCUAUUAAGUAGUUCCCAAUAAAGUUUAUAAGGAUUUUAACUUUGUAAUUAAGGUGGACUUCUGGGGGAGGUAUGGUGAACUGAAGAUGGCUCUGCAAAAGUGGAGCUGACAACCACGGC